AUGUCCUCCGCCGCUCGUUUCGAUUCAUCGGACCGCUCCAGCUGGUACGUGGGCCCGGUGUCUCGGGCGGAGGCACAGACGCGGUUGCAGGGGCAGCGGCAUGGCAUGUUCCUGGUGCGGGACUCGUCCACCUGCCCGGGGGACUACGUGCUCUCCGUGUCCGAGAACUCUCGGGUUUCCCACUACAUCAUUAACUCCUUGCCCAACCGCCGCUUUAAGAUCGGCGACCAGGAGUUUGAGCACCUGCCUGCCCUGCUGGAGUUCUACAAGAUCCACUACCUGGACACCACCACCCUCAUCGAGCCUGCGCCCAGGUACCCAAGUCCACCAAUGGGAUCUGGAUCUGCCCCUGCUAUGUCCACUGCAGAAGAAAAUGUGGAGUAUGUUCGGACUCUCUAUGACUUUCCUGGUAAUGAUGCUGAGGAUCUUCCAUUUAAAAAGGGCGAGAUACUGGUGAUUGUAGAGAAGCCAGAAGAACAGUGGUGGAGCGCCAGAAACAAGGAUGGUCGGAUUGGGAUGAUUCCUGUUCCUUAUGUAGAAAAGCUAAUCAGAUCUCAUGGAAAGCAUGGAAACAGAAAUUCCAACAGUUACGGUAUUCCAGAGCCUGCCCAUGCGUAUGCUCAGCCUCAAACCGCAAGUCCCCUUCCCUCGGUAUCUAGUACACCUGGAGCAGUGAUCAAUCCUCUGCCAUCAACACAGAAUGGACCAGUCUAUGCCAAAGCUAUCCAAAAGAGAGUACCCUGUGCUUAUGACAAGACUGCACUGGCAUUAGAGGUUGGAGAUAUUGUGAAGGUUACAAGGAUGAACAUAAACGGUCAGUGGGAAGGAGAAGUCAACGGUCGAAAAGGGCUCUUCCCAUUCACGCAUGUCAAAAUAUUUGACCCUCAAAACCCAGAUGAGAAUGAAUGAUUCCUUCUGCCUGAUUUAUACUGCUGCUUCAUUUUUGUGGCUAUCAUUAGCAUUGUUUGAGGUGGGAUGAUGACUUAAUGGCACAUUGCUAGCAUUGCCCAUUUUCCAGCUUGCUGCAGUUUGACAGUUCUUUUAAUGUACAUUUGGAAUACAUACAACUGAAGUCACUGCCUGACCUUCGUACCAUAGUUGCAUCAUCCAGAAUUUAGUUUCACUUUUAAAACUCUAUUGAGCCUUAGGCUGGAGAAGACUGAACUAGGAUAUAGCAGAGAAGUAUGGGAAGAAAACCUUUCCUGUUGAGACUUUGAUGGACCUUUUCUGGCUUGCUCAGUAGGAAGAGCCCUAAUCUUAGAUCAAACAUGCAACUUGUGCAUCACUGUCCAACAAAAAGCAACAAUAAAAAUGCAAUUUUAGGACUGAGGACAACUUAGUUUUAAGAGAACCUGUCCUAAGGUAGUACAUUUAAAAUUAUGGUCUCUUUAAAGGACAAUAAUUGAAGCUUAGGUAUUCUAAGCAGCUGAAUUAGAGGCUGCUCUUUCCUGUUAACUCGUCAGCUUGUGGUUGACCUUCCUGAAACAGUGUGUGUUAAAUGCAAAUAA